AUGGGCCGCCCGGUGGGGCUGGGAUGGCACAGGAGGAGGUUACACUGGUUGGCUGCUGCUUACCUGCUCCUCGCCUGGCCCUGCGCCGGCUUCCUCCCAGACUUCUGGUCCCGCGCCUUGACGCUGGCCUGGGACUCGCACACCCACCAGUACAUCACGGAGAGGGCCAUCCUCAACGUCACCAUGGAGACGCUCGCAGGGAUCAGCAGACACCAGCGCGGUCAUGACACGCAGGAACAGACCGGACUGGGCCGUGCGUUCUGGAGCGCGGUCGGGGAGGUGGUCAAGUCCAACGCGGCCAUGGACUUCCUGAGCGCCACCCGCUCCGACCCGGUGUUCCACUUUGACUCGGAGCGCGUGGACGGGGCCACGGCCGUGCUCCGCCAGGCCUGGUCCCAGACCCUGCUCUCGGUCCGGGCCGCACAGCACCAGAGCGCCCGGCGGAGCCUGGGACAGCUCUUCCACUCCCUGCAGGACUUCUACAGUCAUAGCAACUGGGUGGAGAUGGGCCAACGCGACAUUUACCAUCACCUACUGCAGCCCGAGGAGACUGCGGUCCCGGUCGCUCAGGAGGCCACUUUGACCUGCAUGGAGUGUUUCAGUGCAACCUGCCGAGGUAACCUGCUGCCCAGGCUCACUCAGAGACAGCCUCACCUGGGACUGCUCACCACCGGCUACUUCAGUGACAACCCUUCCAAACCAGAGGGUAAAUGUAGUCACGGUGGGAUCCUGGACAGCAGUCGUCGAAUGGGCGCCAAGGGGGGCAUCAAUAAGGACAGCACCUCGCCCCUCUUCUCCCCCCACCAUUACCUGCAUCUGGAGGCUGCGCGGCUGGCCUCAGAGGCCACUAUGGCCGUGCUGAAGGACCUGCGGGACACCGUGGGCCACGCCCCCUUCCUCAGGCUGUUCAGCGUGCAGCAGCCCCCGGCGCUGGUGUUUGUCAUCGACACCACCGGCAGCAUGUUCGAGGAGAUCAACGCGGCGCGACUGCGGGCCCUCGCCAUCAUCCAGGGACGCGCAGAGUCCAGCGCUGGGCAGCCCGGCACCUACCUGCUGGUUCCCUUCCACGACCCCGAGGUGGGCCCGGUGUAUGAGACGGAUGAUCCGGAGCAGUUCAUGGGCUACCUGGAGGACCUGAUGGCCCUGGGGGGAGGAGAUGAGCCGGAGAUGAGCCUCUCUGCCAUUCAGCUUGCUCUUACGCACAGUCCACCACUCUCUGAGAUCUUUGUGUUCACCGAUGCGUCGCCAAAAGACGCACACUUGUUCAGCUCAGUGAAGGCCCUGACGCUUGAGAAGCAAUGCAAGGUGACCUUCCUGCUGACGGAGGACCCCACUCACAAGAGGGUGGUGGCCAGAAGGAGAAGGAGUAAGAGGAGCAGGGAGCACCUGUCCCCUGACCGCUUCUCCCUGUACUCCGCCCUGUCCGCUGCGUCCGGGGGACUGACUGUGUUCACAACCAACGCCCAGAUCCACAAGGUCUCGGCCAUAGUGGAAGACAUCACGGUGGCCGACAAGGUGACACUACUCCACGUGGAGAGUGACAGUGGCGUGGACGUCCAUCAUCCCUUCAGAGUAGACAGGGCCAUGAACAGAGUCAUCCUGCACCUCACUGGCACCCUCAGAGACUGUAACCUCACAGAUCCCUCAGGCGUUAGCCAGUCUCUGUUGGCAGAGGACGGGCCCCUGGCAGAGUGCCAGAGCUUUGAAGGCCUCGGCCGCGUGCGCCUGCUGCCUCCUGUGGAGCCAGGACAGUGGCACCUUCACGCCCGGACCUACGGACCCUUCACAUUCAAUAUCAUCGGUGACAGCAGUGUGGAUUUCCUGUACUACUUUGCCACGGUGGCCAAUGAGACUCACCCUGGGUUGUCAAGGGUGGAGGGCAGUCCAAUAGCAGGUGUCCCCACCUUUCUGGUGCUGACCGUGAAGGGACUCGCCUCCAAUGCGGAGGCCUAUUUCAGUCAUGUGACGCUGUUGGCAGGCAAUGGAGAAAGUUUACAGAAGGUGUGGCUCAACUCCUCGUCUUCCUCCUCCUCGUCCCUGUCCGUCCACUCCUAUGUGGGGGAGGAGCUGGUUGGCGUGGUGGACUUGGUACCCAGAGUGCCCUUCUGUGUUCGCCUGUCCGGACGCGAUGUGAGUGGCAACAAGCUGGAAAGGGUGUCCACGGAGAUGAUCGAACCCACCCAUGUUCAGAUACGGCUUGUGUCUGUGCCCCGCCUGGUGCCGGGUCACAGCACCACGGUCCACUUUGACGUCCUCAACCACGGCCCUGCACGCCUCUUCAACCUCACCGCCGCCGACGACCGCGGCUAUCUGCAUCCGAGCGGCCCUCAUAGCUUCCCCGUGGCUGAGAAGGGGUCUAUCCGUGGUCAGGUGGAUCUCCGCACCCCCCCUACGGCCGAGGCCGGCGCCCCCCUCACCCUGACUCUCAGCGUGUGCGCCCUGGACUCACUGGACUCGAACUACGCCGUGGCCUACCUCACAGUGGUUCCUCCCGAUCCCGAUAUGUCUCCUCCAUCGUGUUCCACCCUACGCUUGGAGAGACCCUGCCCUUCUCUCUGCACCAACUCCAGCUGGACUGUCUCCCUGGCCGUAUCGGACAGGGGCCGCUCUGGUUUGGCCUCCCUGCAACUGCUCCGGGGUGAGGGGUUCCUCACCCUCCUCCCCCAUGCCCCCACACCUCCUGGGGAAGGCCAGGCUGGGACCCAACAACAGCCAGACCAGGAGAAGCUGAUACUUAAAAAGGGAGAGCACCCUAUGAACGUUUCCGAGUGGGUUGGGGACUCAUCUCAGCCCAUGUGGGUGAGGUACAACGCUGGCUGCUGUGCCCCACAUGCUGAGCUCCUGGUGUGGGACAGGGCUGGAAACUUAAGGCGCUGUCAUCUGUCCUCCGGCCAGCAGGGGGGGCUAAGGGUCAAGGACUCUGAGACUAAUGGAAGUGGGAAGACGACUAUAUUCAGCUGCUCCACAGGUGUGCUGCUGCUUUGGGCCUGUGGACUCAUCUGGUUUUGUUCUUUGUAA